CGGAAUCGUGCAGGUUUUCUAUUUUUAUUAUUAUUAUUUUUAUCUUUUUUCUGGGAGGGGGAACGGGAGGGCGUAUGACAGGAAGAUGGGGAUAUGGCGAGGAGAGGGGGAUAUGGAGAGGAGGGGGAGGAUGUGGAGGAGGAAGAGGAGGAUGUGGACGAUGAGGACAAGGAGGAUAGCGAGGAUGACGAGGAGUCGUCGUCGAGAUGGGGGGAGGAGAAGAGAUGGACGGAGGGUCCGGGAGGGAAAGAGGAAGGGCAGGAGGAGGAGGACGAGUGGGAGGAGGAGGAGACAUGGACGGCGAGGAAGUGGAGGGCACGAGGAAGGAGAGGACACGAGGAAGGGGAGGAUACGAGGAAGGGAAGGAGACGAGGAGGCAUGAAAGAUUCAGAAACACUGUGUGUAGAUCCUCAGGAGCGUGGUCCCAUUAGCCGUCAGAUAGGAGUGUGGCCUAUCGAGUGUGACAAACCGUUGCAACCAGACCAGAUAGUCGCCUACGCGCUGUACAGGUGGGCGUCGGGCGAGACAUACGAGAGCAGCAGCUGCAGCUUUGGGAUUGGCAGGGCUUCAGGUGUGGUGGCCAUCCGGGACGUUACUGCUGCACUGCUUUCGGUGUACAGGGAGAAGGUGGCGUGGUCGACUGGGGUGCGGAAGGCGAUCGUUCUGCAUGCUUUUGCAGACAAGGGUUUCCCGAACUGCCAUGGGUGCAUCGACUGCACCCAUAUCUACGUGGACAAGCCGGCGAAUGCACCUGCAGAAGACUACUACGACCGCAAGAGACGCUUCUCUGUCGUUGCUCAAGUGGUGGUCGACUUGGACUUGCGCAUCCUGGAUGUGUUUGUGGGAUAUCUGGGGAGCUGCCACGACGUCCGGAUCAUCCAUCUCUCCACUCUAUGGUCACGGGCCGCGGCGGGAGAGUUGUUUACAGGGCCUCCUGUGAUGCUACCGUUCCAAGCGCAGAUGAAUGGUUAUCUGCUGGCCGACAAUGGUUACCCGCUGAGCGAAUGGAUGGUUGUCCCCUUUGGCGGCGUGGCGCAGCAUCCCCUGGAGAGUCGUUUCGACAACAAGCAGAAGACCACGAGCAGGGCAGUGGAGAGGGCGUUCGGGAGACUGAAAGGAAUGUGGCGCUUGUUCCUAGGCUCGCACUUGACCAACAUGGAGACCUUGCCCCUGCAGUCCGUGGCCGUCUGCAUCUUGCACAACAUCCUGAUCGACGUCGGCAUCCCUUUCGAUGAGAACUUGUUGUGGGAGGUUGACGCCAAUGGAGUUCGCCGUUGGGUGGAUAUCGGGAUCCAUCGCCCCCCCAGGCCGUUGUGCAUGGAAACUUCUACGGGGGAGGCGAUCAUGCUGCGGCAGGCGCUGGCGGAGCGAAUGAUGCGGCGAUGACGGCAGAGGGACCUCGCGAGGCGGCGGGAGCUGCAGGCCGCGUUGAUGGAGGAAUGUUUGACGGCGGCGGUGGGAGGAAGUAGUGUGCGGAGAGACGACGGGCGCAGUACAUGUGCCAUGCCGUCCAAUUUUCGGUCAGCAGUGAGGGACGCAGAGCGGAGAGCGACAGUCAUGCCUCGUAGUCCCCGCGCCAUAUGCCGUCCGUUAUUGAGUUUGUCGGAAGUUUUUCCUUUUCGUGUUUCGAUCCGUGGCUUCGGGCUGGUGCGUUGAUAGUGGGGCGUUCCCUGUGAGUGUGGGCGAGUCGUUGGGCGGCGGAGGCGGCGGCGGUGGCCGGUUAGUGUGAUUAGUUGACGACAUUGAGAUGGAGUUGUUGUCUGUCGCGAGCGGCAGUCGUGUGCAUCUCUUGGGGCUCGUUCGGGACGUUCUACGGAGAGCAAUCAUGUCGGCAGUGUGUUUUUAUAAUUCGCAAGAGUUUGGUGAUUGUUGGGUUGUGAUCAGAAAGUGUUAUUGGUUGUUGGCGACUGUUUUCCUUCCUCUCCUAUGCACUUCCUGCUGCAUGGAUGGCAUGCUGACGUGUGAAAAAAAAAAAUUGCGAGCGCAAUCAAAUGGUGUUUACAUG